CGCAAAGAACAACAGAAAGAGAGAGAGAGAGGAAACCCGGGCCAGGAGAUCUGCUCGAACAAAAAAAAAAAAAAAAAUCACAAUCCCACUCCUCUCCUUCUCUCCGAUCUGAUCGGACUCUUUGUCUGUACGAAAUUUUCAGAAUUUAAUUUUAAUAUAUUUAUAUAAAAUUUCAUUUUACCGUUUCGAAUUAUCCGACCGUUGAUCGUCGAAUUACGUCGCCAUUUCCGGAAUCUCUUUGAUCCAGAAUUUUCCGUCCUCUUCUGGGGUUUUCUAGCUAGGGCUUUUCGUUGGAAUUAAGCGUUGCGUGCUUCUUUUCGGAUUUGAUUGGGAAUUGUGGAGAGGAUUUGGAGGUUUUUUAUGGUCAAUUGUUUGUUGAAUUCUUUUGAGCUUCCGAUUGUUCGUUGUGUGUUUCGAUGGCUUCGGCUCAGGUGCUUCCGAACACUGUGGCUUCUUCGAGGAAGCAAGAGCAUUUGGAAGCUGGAAAGCGCCGGCUAGAAGAAUUCCGUAAGAAAAAAGCAGCAGAUCGUUCCAAGAAGGCUUCGUCAACCAGCCAGAUUCAUGCCUCUGAAGUCAAUUCGAAUGAGAAACAACCUUUAGAAACUGAACACGCGCGAGUUACAGAUACAAAUGGAGCUGGUACAUCUGAUCUACUUGGAAAUGCUGUUACUGAAUCUUCAUCUUUAGAAAUAAACAAUGACAGCAAUCCAAUUGAUGCCAUCCAGAAAAGUGAAUCAGUUUUGUCAAGUGAUAGGCCAACUAGUAUUUUUUCAUCAAAUGAGUAUAAUUCAUUUUCUUCAGAUCAAACACAAAAGCAUGCAAAUGGUCACGAAUUUAAGAAAGAUGGCGAUUUAGGGUCUGGUGGACCUUUAGAUGUUUAUCAAAGCCAUGGGGAGAAAGGGAAGAGCAAUGAUGCAGAAAAUUAUACAGGAGACUUGGGUAGACUUCCAUAUGGGACUGCAUCUGAACAGUUUUUUGCUUUACGCUCAAGAGGAAGUAAAGAUUUUGAUAGCAGUAUUAAUCGACUUAGUUUACACAGGAUAGAUGAACCCCAGUUGAAAGAAGAAAAAACUCCAUCAAAGGAUUAUACAAUUGCAGAUGCUAGUUCUCAAGUUUCUGUUGUACGGAUCUCAUCUCAGAAUUCCAUUAGCAGCGCUUUGCAAAGUGAGCCUAGUAGUGCCAGCGGCUCUAAAUCGUCUUCACUUUAUGAAGACAUAAUUCGACCAACUGCAAACAGAAGAGGCAUUGCCGAUGAUGAUAUGCAGAACAAUGUGAACUUCAGCGAUCUUAUGUCUUUCAAGACGGGCAAAGAAAAUAUAAGUGGCUCUGCUAGUGGUCUGUUCAGUAUGGAAAAUGGAGCUAUCCAAACAAUUGGAUCUAUGGGUUUUGAAUCUAAUUUCAGAAGCUCCCCAAAUCAUGUACCACUAUAUCCACUCACAAAUGAAACGAAUUCUAGAAGUUCUCGGCCAUCUUUUCUUGAUAAUCUUAAUAUUCAUAAAGCAUCUUCAGGAUCUCAUUUCAAAAAAGAUGAAUUUGGGAAGGAUUCAUUUAAGUCCAACAGUUUAAAACCGAAGAGCGUAGAUUUUCUUGGACCAUCCCCUUUUCACAAGCCAUCUGUGGACGCUGGAAGUUUAGGGCCCUUUUCAAAGAUCAACUCAAGUACGUCACAAGCAUUUGACCCUUCAAUAAAUUCAGUUUCUGAUAGUAUAGCGGGUGACCAGCCCAAACUGUCUGUAAAUGAAAAUGGCAUGGAGUGGAAACAUGAAUUCUACUUACCUAAGCAGAAUGAAGACUUUGCUGCACUGGAACAGCAUAUUGAAGAUUUGACGCAAGAAAAAUUCUCUUUGCAACGUGCACUUGAAGCUUCUCGUUCUUUGGCAGAGUCAUUAGCUGCUGAAAAUUCAUCUCUUACAGACAGUUAUAAUCAACAGAGAGGUGUUGUUGAUCAACUAAAAUCUGACAUGGAAAAGUUACAGGAGGAAAUCAAGGCUCAAUUGGCGGAACUUGAGGCUGUCAGAAAUGAAUAUGGAAAUGCACAGCUGGAAUGCAAUGCAGCUGAUGAACGUGCUAAAUUAUUGGCUUCAGAAGUUAUCAGUUUAGAGGAGAAGGCACUUAGACUAAGAUCCAAUGAGCUAAAGCUUGAGAGGCAAUUGGAGAACUCACAAGCUGAAAUAUCUUCAUACAAAAAGAAACUGUCUAUCUUAGAGAAGGAUCGCUUGGAUUUGCAAUCAACUAUUGAUGCUCUUCAAGAAGAGAAGAAGCUGUUGCAGUCUAAGUUGUGGAAAGCUUCCACGAGUGGAAGGUCUGUUGAUCUUACAAAAAGUUCUACAAACAAGAAAGACAUGUCUACUACUACAGAAGAUUUAGCAAAUGAAGAUACCAUUACUGACACCUCAAGUCAGGAAACAAGCGAUGCAUCUGUUGUUGGAACUGAUGCCUCCAGUUCUCCCAUGUUGCCGUUGAAUGGAUAUUCAACUGCUGAAGCUUCAUUUGCAAUUCUACCUCCUGAGCAAUCGAGAAUGAUUCAGAAUAUUAAUACUUUAAUAUCAGAGUUAGCUUUGGAGAAGCAGGAGUUAAUACAAGCUUUGACGUCCAAGUCAUCUCAUUGUUCUAAAUUGAAAGAGUUGAACACCGAGUUGUCCCGGAAACUUGAAGCUCAAACUCAGAGAUUAGAGCUUUUGACCGCUCAAAGUAUGGCCAAUGAGCAUAUUUCAGCAAGACAACCCGAUUCCCAUGAUAUACGCGAUAAUAUCCCAUAUGCAGAUGAAGGCGACGAGGUGGUUGAGCGAGUAUUGGGAUGGAUCAUGAAGCUCUUUCCUGGAGGACCACCAAGAAGAAGAACCAGCAAGCUUCUUUAAAAUGGAAGUCGGUAUGAUGUCAAGUAUUCCAUGCUCUGACCCGCUUUUCUUCUGCCUCGCUUUCUAGCGCAAAAUCGAGAUAGUAAACUGUGUAUAUAUUUGAGCCAAUUCUACACAAUUCUUUUUUUCCCAAUAGAAGAAAAAUGAGCUUGUUUUGAGAGGCCUUCACGUUCAUUGGUCAAUAUCCAUGUCAUUUGUUUUGAAGUAUGACAAUAAAGAAAGUUCUUUAUUGAUAUAGAUAUAAAUCUUAGACAGUAACUUUGGUGGAUAUGGAAAAGCAAACUGGUAUACACGAGAGAUUGUGUUGUGCACCUAUCGUUAACUAGCUAUGUUCUAUUGUAUUGUAUUUGUUAUUUGAAAAAAAAAAAAAAAAAAAAAAAAAAAAAA